AUGGAGGACCUCAACGGCCUGAGCUGGUCAGACUCCAAGUCAAGUAAACCGCCACCCAUGAGCUCGGGAUAUCUAUUCCCGACUAUGCCAUCAAACGGCGGCUCCGGCAGGUCCACUCCGCUAUCUAGCACCUCGAACCGCUCCAACUCGCCCGCAAAGCCCGCCACCUCGACCGGGGAUAGCUUCGCAAACUUAGUCUCGUUCAACUCGUCCACCGGGAAUAAGAACCUGUCGCUGAUGGAACAGCAAAAGCGCAUGGAGGAAAAUAAGGCCAAGAAGGAAGCUGAAAACCGCAAUCGCUUUGAAUCGCAAUACGGUGGCCAGAACAACCAGUUCUGGGACAACUUCGAACAAGGUCGCACGCAGAGCCCAGCCAUACCUGCGCCUCGGUCUGCCCCACCCGCGGAUGACGAUGACGAUAUCCUGGGUGCAUUUAGUGCUGAUGCGCCUGUGGAUGCCUCGACCCAUUUCCCCGUCCCCAGCUCGGCGAGAGCCUCGCCCGCAGUCACCACCAACAAUCGCCCGGAGCCUCCCAGGGGAGGAAUAUCGAUGGAGGACAACACAGGGGGGCUUGGUGCAUUCGAAGAUGACGAUCCAUUCGGACUGAACCAAUUGAAGCCGAAGUCCGCACCCGCUCCAGCUCCGCAACAAGUUGACGAUGAUGAUUUCCUUGGUCUGCUAGGCAAGCCGGUGUCGGAGAUUCCUCGCCAACAACCGAGUCCUGCGCCCGUCUCUGCUGUCUCGUCUGAUCGCGAACGAGAGCAAGAUGCUUCACCAAUGCCUUCCAAUGAGGUCGAUCGAGCUAUUGCGGAAUUGGUGGACAUGGGAUUCCCUGCGGACAAGUCGCGCAUGGCUCUGAAAACGACGCAGUCAGGGACUGAUGUCCAGGGUGCUGUUGGCUGGCUUCUUACCCAGGCUCAUGCCGAAGCUCGACAGAAGACCGAGGGACGGGGCAAUGCUCACCCCACGGAUCGCACCGAGAGAAGUGGCAGUCGUAAUCGCGAUAGGCCCUCUUGGAUGAGGGAAGAAAGAAACGGCUCCCGUUCGCGCGAGGACGGACGGAGUCCAGCAGAUAAAGACCCGGCUCAAAUGGCUGCGCAAUUCGGCAAUAGCUUCUUGAAACAAGCCGGUUCACUUUGGAAGACUGGUAGCAAGAAAUUCCAACAAGCGGUGAAUGAGUUCAACACUGAGCAUGACCCCAGCCAACCCAAAUGGAUGAGAGAGGGAGCUCCUCAGCAUGACGAUCCUCCCCCACAGCCCCAACGCCAGCGUCGCGAGCAGCCGACCCAGUCCCAAGCGCAGCAAGACUUCACAAAUGAAGCUCUUCUUCUCGAAUCUGGUGACGGCCGCCCUCGCAAGCCUACUCGGCCCCGGGAAAGCCAGCCGUCGGACCGUAGAGGCCAGCCAAGGGACCGACAGUCCCCUGGUCCUGUUCAACCAAAGCAACAGGGCAACUUCCUCGAGCGUCCCUCUCGCCCAAGCUCCCAAGAUCCUAGAUCUCGGGUCUCUCGGUUCGCUGCAGAGGAAGAACAGGCGCAGGCCUAUGUUAGCCCGGCGAGGCGCAAGCGGCCCCAAGCCCCAGCUGCAGCUCCUGCCCCUGAGCCUGCAGUUGACCUGUUCGAUUCCCCCGCCCCUGUAGCCAGCCGACCCAAACCAUCGGCUCCUGCACAGACCGCGACUCCCCCGGCGCGAUCAACUCCUAUCCCAGUGCGCCCUAAGGCUCCAACUCGAUCCAUCCCACCUCUAUCCCAACAAGCUCUUCAAUCCACACAUCGCCACCGCGGGAAGGCGGCAGAUUCAUACAAGCGAGGUGACUAUGCUGAAGCACACCAGAGCUUCUCCACAGCUCUCAGCAUGCUCCCAGAUACACACCCCAUCACCAUCAUCAUCCGCAGCAACCGUGCCAUGACAGCUCUCAAGAUCGGCGAGCCCAAGUCUGCCGUCGAAGACGCCAAUACAAUCCUCACCUUCAUCGGUCCUUCCAAAGGCGAGUCGGAAGUAAUCGACCUCGGCAACGGCGAAUCGCCCAAACCAAUGAAAGACUUCUACGGCAAAGCCCUCAUGCGCAAAGCCGAAGCACUGGAACAGCUUGAGCGCUGGACCGACGCUGCGCAAGCAUGGAAAGAUGCCGUCGAGUCCGGCCACGGCGGAAGUACCAGUAUUCAAGGUCGAAACCGAUGCGAGAAGGCCGCUGGCACUAGCAAGCCCCAACAAGCUGCUCCUCGCAAGAGACCCACGCCUGCUCCUAAGCCCAAGGCAUCUGCCCUAUCGGAUCUUGCUCCAACUUCAGCAUCAGGCUCAGACUUUGAGUCUGUGAGUCGUCUACGACAGGCCAAUGAAGCCGCCGAACGCGCCGACGAGGAGAAGUUCGCCCUGUCAGAAAGUGUGGACGCCAGAAUCGCAGCCUGGCGCAAUGGAAAACAGGAUAACCUCCGCGCCCUUCUCGGUAGCUUAGAUUCCGUUCUCUGGCCCGAGGCUGGCUGGAAGAAGAUUGGCUUGUCGGAAUUGGUGUUGCCGAAUAAAGUCAAGAUUCAGUACAUGAAGGGGAUUGGCAAGGUGCAUCCUGAUAAGAUCUCCACGACUGCCACUACUGAACAGCGCAUGAUUGCUGGUUCGGUGUUCGGAACCCUGAACGAAGCCUGGGACAAGUUCAGGAUUGAGAACAAUCUUUGA